AAUACCUGAGGAAUUUUCAUACAUACCCGUUACCAUGGUAACAUGUAAUAAACAAUGUGUAAUACAAGACGAAAAGGCUAUUUAAUUUGUGAUAGUCAUUACAGACGGCUCAUAUCAUGUCCAAGGCCACAACAGUAAAAGAUGCACUAAGGAGAUGGGAGGAAAAAAAUGAAAUUAGCGCAUCAGAAGCCACCGAGGUUCAGCUGUGUUUCCAGUGGCCACCUAUUGAAAAAAUGGAUAAUUCUUUAGCAGUGUUAGUCAAGUGCGAGAAAUUAUCACUGUCAACUAACAUGAUUGAAAAGAUAGCUGGUAUUAAUAGCUUGAAGAACCUCAAAAUCUUGUCACUGGGGAGAAACUACAUAAAAAAUUUCUCUGGUCUGGAAGGAGUAGGUGAUACAUUGGAAGAACUGUGGAUUUCAUAUAAUCUAAUUGAAAAAUUAAAAGGUAUUGGUGUUCUAAAGAAACUAAAGGUACUUUAUAUGUCAAAUAAUCUUGUUAAAGAUUGGAUGGAAUUUAAUAAGCUGCAAGAUAUGCCAAGCCUAGAAGAUCUCCUUUUUGUAGGAAAUCCACUAUAUGAUAGCCUUGAUGAAGCUACAUGGAAGGCUGAAGCAUGUAAACGACUUCCAAAUCUGAUGAAACUGGAUGGAGAACCUGUUAUUAGAGAAGUUCAAGAAUGAUUAUACAAACUAUACUAGUCCAAAAUAACAGUUAUCUUUAGAGGCUUAGGACAGAAUAUAGAUCUGAAUGGAAAUAAGGAAUAAUCAGGAAUUCAAGUACAUUUUUCAAUCAUCAGCAUCACUGUUCAAUGAAGUGUACUUUUACGUCAUAAUGUAGCAAUAAAUUUAUCACCCAUUUAAACAGAUAUGGUAUGACUUAAGGACAUUUUAAAGAUGAGAAUAUUUAUUUCUGUACUUGUUUAUAAAUCUAUACAUGUGGUUCUGAAACAAAGCACCUUACAGAUAUAUUCAGCAAAUUCUGACUGUGCAACAUUUGUUCAAAAUGCCUGAUCAUA